GAAAAACCAAAAGCGCAAAUGGCUACACUCACCAUUGCGCCAACUACGCUCUGCUUUUUCUCUCCGAUUCCAAACAAAACCUUCGAAUUUUCGUUCCCAAAGACCUCUCUCUCCUUCUUUAAACCUAAUUUCUUGUCUACUACAACCCUUUCUUCCUCAACUCCUUGUUUGAAUUUCAUCCUUUUCAAGAGAUUCAGUCGCGUUUUCUGUAACACCUUCUCCAAUGUUUCCACAAACACGACGCAUUACGAGUUUUAUGAUGAUUCUUCUGAGGUGGAGCUGAGAGUAGGACUCGGAAGCAAAGACAUACACAGUUCUAAAGAUGUAUUUGUAGAUGCAGACGAGAACUCUUUAGCAAUUAGAGUGCAACAUCGUGGAUCUCUCAAGACUCUCAUGGAAAAUAAAUGUUUGUAUGAAAAGAUAAAGCCAGCUGAAACAAUAUGGUACAUAGAUGAGGAUCAGUUGGUUGUUAACCUGAAGAAGCAAGACCCUGAUUUAAAAUGGCCUGACAUUGUUGAGUCCUGGGAAUCCCUUACAGUAGGAGUUAUGCAACUCUUGAAAGGAACAUCAAUCUAUUUAGUUGGGGAUUCAACUGAAAUCAACCAAAAAAUUGCUCGAGAACUAGCCGUCGGUCUUGGGUACACACCACUCAAUACAAAAGAGCUGCUGGAAACAUGUGCAAAGCAAACCAUUGAUUCAUGGGUGAUUGCAGAGGGGUCUGAUACUGUAGCAGAAGCAGAAAGUGCAAUACUGGAGAGCCUCAGUAGUCAUGUUCGUGCUGUUGUUGCAACAUUAGGAGGGCAGCAUGGUGCUGCUGGAAGGGCCGAUAAGUGGCGACAUCUUUAUGCAGGAUUUACGGUCUGGCUGUCACCAUCUGAAGCUACAGAUGAAGAUUCAGCAAAAGAGGAGGCCAGGAAGCACAUCCAAGACGGUGUUCAAGGUUACUCUAAUGCAGACGUGGUAGUCAAGCUUGGGGGUUGGGAUGCCGCCUAUUCUAAAACUGUGGCCCAGGCUUCACUGAGUGCCCUCAAACGCCUGAUUCUGUCAGAUAAGAAGCUUCCAGGUUCCUGCCAUCUCAUUACCAUGUUCAGUUCCUUUUAAGAAAUUUCUAAAAUAAUCACUUGGACAUGGAUAAAUUAGACAAAGUUGAACUUGAAGCCAAUAAUUAAAAGGAUUUUUGUGCUUUCAGUUAUUAAUAGGCUAUCAUAUCGUCUUUUGUGGCCACUCGAAGGGAUGAACUACCUCCUUCCUACCUUAUAUAUGGUUAUGGAUCUAGAAAUUUCCUGAACAACAACUAUUUACCAGAGAUAUAUUUUCUGAAGGUUCUACAGUUGAUUGUUUGGUAAAUGGUUGAAAUUGCUAAUCAUGUCUAUCCCUUACCAAUUGUUAUCUGCAUCAGACAUUAUAAGCAAAUCAUUUUUCACUGAUAAAAUACACGACUUCUGUUCUCCUUAUGGGAAUAAAAGAUGGAACAUGGGGAUGCAUUAGAUGCAUACAUUGAGGUACAGGGUGGAGGUCCAAGCCCCAAGCCCCGACACUGGGAAAGAAGAGAAGAAACAGAGUGGAGGGCGGCUUACAUUAUGGUCAUGAAUGUGGAGUACUAAUAACCUGUUACUGACCAUAAACUCAUUUGCUGUUUUGAAGGUAAAAAGAGUCUAUACAUACGGUUGGGAUGUCGAGGCGAUUGGCCGAACAUCAAACCUCCUGGGUGGGACCCAUCAACUGGAGCUGAUGUAUCUCCUCCCACGUUGUAAGAACUGAUCCUCACACCCCCAAGUUUCAGUAACAGGCAAUUUUUGCUUCUUCCAGUGCCAUUUAGGUAUUUAAACCAUUGCACCACAAGGUAGAAUAUGUAAAUCUGCGAGGUUUUUUUAUUCAAUAUAAGUUUUAUCCAUACCCAUGGUUGCCCUAAGAAAAAAGGUCAUUUUGAUAUGAUAACAGCCUAUUCACAAAGCCACAAGCCAACACAUUGGAAGAGCUUCAAGGUUGAAAUAUUGCAUAUAAUUUGCAAAGUUUUGACAUUAAUACAUGUUAUAUACUUGCU